GUAAUGGCCGCUCUCGCUGGGCCGUGCAGGGUGUUUUAUUUUCAUCGCUACAGCGGCUAAAAAUAAAACCGUCUAAUAUUUAUUGCAGACUGUAAAAAGUUAUAUCCGCGAGAGAGUGCAGCUGAAAAGGGAGAGGCGUGGUCUUUAUAGAGCUUCGUGUCGGCAAGGUGAUUAAAAAUGUGUUGUUAGCUCCUAGCACAGUGUACUUGCUCUUUUAGCUUAGCUUCAGGGGAGGCUACAUUGUUAACCGUAAGACGGCCAAGUGUACUGGUGCGAACGCUUCGUACUAAACCGGUAGUGUCCACUUAUUUGUACGGUUAAGCCAAGCGUUUAUAAUCGCUGAAGAAAACUAUCCAUAGGUUGGGGACACUUUACCCGUUAUUAGCUUUGUCUUCGCGCCGCCAAGUUAUGGGCCUUGUUGCGAACUAGCGCGACCCAGCCAUUAUUGCUUUUUUUGUUUUUGUUUUGCACCAGAGUGGAUUCACAUGGAUACUCCUGAAAGCCCUACCCAGUCCCCUCAGUCUCCUGAGGAGGAGGAGAAGGGUCUUUCUGACAGUGAGUUGCUGGAGUCUCCUAAUGAAGAGGAGGACAGGGUCAUUUCAGACAGCGAGAUCCUUAAUGAAGAAGGGGACAUAGAAGUGAUGGAAAGCCAUGGAAAACAUGUGGAAUUAGAGGAAGAGGAGGAUGAGGUGGUGCCUGACUUUGUGUCGGAGCCAGAGGAUGAGGAACCUUUUGGAGAAAUGGGAGAGUUGGGACAGGAUGAUGAGAGCAUUGUGCUUAUGGAGGGGAAUGAAGACAGUCCUCAGGUGGCGGAGGAGAGGGAAAGAAAGGAGGAUGAGGAGAGAGUUGUUGGCACUCCAUUAUCCCCAGACUCUGAGCCAGAACAUGUCAAGAGCCUUAGUGCUGGAAAAGAUGGAGAAGACUGGAAGGAAGGAUAUGAUGACUACAUAAAAGCUGCCUCUGCAGAAUGUGAGGUAGCUGAAGUGGAUGAUCAAGAGGAGGAUUACAAAAACAAAGAUGAAGAGGAUGGAAGAAUAAGAGAUGAAGAGACAAGGAGAGCUGCUGCGCUAAGGGAAGUGAAGGAUGACUCUGUGUCAGUUUCCCGGGAACUGGACGAACAUGAGCUUGAUUAUGAUGAGGAGGUCCCAGAGGAGCCUGGCAUCCCUACACACGAGGAGGAAGAUGAGGAAGACACAAAAGUAGAGGGAGAUGAAGAUGAGGAGGAAAGCGAGGACAAAAGCAGUAAAAAGGAGAAAAAAUCAAUCCUUCCACCAUCUCCUAAACACAGUGAAUCCAGGAGGACAGAUGGGUCGAAAGGGCCGGAGAGGAUACGACAGGAAUCCUUCAGAGACAAGAAAAAGGAUGAGGAUGAUGGAGAAAUUGAUGAAGGAGAGAUUGAUGAUGAUGAUCUGGAGGAGGGGGAGGUCAAAGAUCCUUCAGACAGGAAGAUCCGACCACGUCCCAUCUGCAGGUUUUUCAUUAAAGGAAAUUGUACCUGGGGAAUGAAUUGUCGCUUUAUCCACCCUGGAGUCAAUGACAAAGGAAACUAUUCCCUCAUCAGUAAGCCAGACCUCUUCUCACCUAAUGGGGCACCUCCUGGAGGACCACACCCACUCAUACCCAAUAAUCCUUGGGCUGCUCCUGCUGUGGAGGAACUGCCUCCACCACCACCUCCAGUGGAACCUCCUGUGGAGAGUGCCUGGGAGAGAGGACUGCGCCAUGCUAAAGAGGUGCUGAAGAAGGCCACCAUUCGUAAGGAGCAGGAGCCUGACUUUGAGGAGAAACGGUUUAAUGUGACGAUUGGAGAGGAUGAGAGAGAGUUUGACAAAGAAAAUGAUUUCUUCAGAGAACGCAGCUACCGUGUUAUCAGAGAUGAAAUGGACUUCAGAGAUCCCAUAUAUGGAGAUCCAUAUGCUGACCCAUACUAUGACUAUGAAAUGGAAGCGCUGUGGCGAGGUGGUCAAUAUGAAAAUUUUAGAGUGCAGUACACUGAAGCUCCUCUUCCUUAUCACUACAGUGAGCGUGAACGCGAUCGCGACCCUCGGGAGCGGCACCGUGAUCGAGAGAGGGAGCGAGACCAUCGCGAGAGGGAGAGGCGCCAGCGAGAAAGGGAACGGGAGAGAGAAAGGGAGCGCGAGAAAGAGAGGAUGCGGCGGAAAGAAGAAUGGGAACGGGAUCGGAUGAAGCGAGAUGAGAAGGAAAGGCCAAGGAUGCGUCCUCCUCGAGACACCAGGGAGAAGAAAGAUGAGGACAAACUGAAACCACGCUCUCCAAUCAGCCUUCCUCCAAACAGGCCGAUUGAGCCCCCAUCAAAGAAGGAGGUUGUUCCAAUCAUGAGACGACCAGAUGAGUGGAAGGACCCAUGGCGACGGUCCAAAUCCCCCAGGAGACGUCCGGCACCGGGCUCGCCCCCACGGGGCCGCCGGCGUCAUCGACCAUCAGGCUCUUCGAUCUCUGUGUCCAACUCCUCCAGGUCCUCGUCCCGCUCUUCAUCAUACACAGGCUCUGGAUCGUCCCGUUCCCGCAGCCGUUCCUCCUCAUUCAGCUCCUACUCCAGCCACUCGUCCCAACGCAGCUCCUUCAGCGGCAGCCGCUCUAGGUCUCAGUCUUUCUCCACAUCUCCCUCACCAAGUCCAGCAGCACUGAGGAACGCUAAGAACAAAGCAGACCUUCAGCCUGUUGUAGCCAAAGGCAUGCCACUGAAGCAGGAUGCCAUGCCCCCUCCUCGCAGGGACAGGCCUCCCAUGAAAAAAGCUUCCAGCCCUUCUACGCCUUCCGGACUGCAGUCCAGACCAUCCAAACCUUUGCCAGAUGGAGGCAAGCCUCCUAACAAUCCACGAGAUGCUGGUGGUGCAGGAGGUGCAGGAGCUGGUGGAGCAGUCAAACCCCUGCCACCAAGGGAACCUGGAAAACCUGUCAACUUGAGGGAAGGCAGGCGGAAGGAGCGACUGCAGCAUCCUCCUCGAAGGAGAACUAUGAGUGGGAGUAUUAGUGAAAGUGGUAGCAGUUAUACUGGUUCCAGCUCCAGAUCUAGAUCCUCAUCCAACACCAUCUCAAGGUCACACUCUGGAUCCAGGAAAUCCAGAAAAUCCAGAUCACUUAGUGUGAGCAGCGUGUCGUCUGUGUCAUCAGCGUCAUCCAGCAGCAGCUCUGUACGCAGUGCUGACUCAGAUGACAUGUAUGCUGACCUAGCCAGCCCAGUAUCCUCUGCCAGCUCACGCUCACCCACACCAAAUCACCCUCGCAAGGAGCGAGGGCCUCCACGCGAUCGGUCCCCACAUGGAAGAGACAAGAAUAGGGAAAGACCAUCGAAAAAGGAUGAACCCUUCAGAGAAGAUCGAAGAAAGAUCGACCAGUCUGGUCCCCCACCCAGAGAAGGAAAUCCCAUGCCCAGAGCAGGCCCUGGUAACAGGGGGGGGCACCCAGUACAUCCUCCACCUGGCACCAUGGGCCCCCCUGGAAACUAUGGCAGUUCAAGUUCCCACAGAGACAUCAAGCUCACCCUCCUUAACAAGCAGCAGGGAGACAAAGGCAACAGGAAGCGGUACCUGCCUGGAGACAAAGACAGGCCAGGUUCCCCCCUCAACAAAAGAAUGGCUAUGUCUCCAGACAAAGGCCGCGAUAAGAGGAUACCUGGCCGACUCCCACUUUCUCCUCGAAUAGAUCGACCCAGAGGGCGACCCAUGCCCCCACAGGGAGACAGAAAACGUCCUCUGUCUCCACCUCCCAAAUCAUCUGGGAAAAGCCCAGCAGCUCCAUCGGCCAAGCUGGUCGCACCGAGUCCAGCAUCUGGUGCCGGAUCGGGUUCUAGCAAACCCAGUAACACGCUGUCCCGGCGUGAGGAGCUUCUGAAACAGCUGAAGGCUGUGGAAGAUGCCAUCGCCCGUAAACGAGCAAAGAUUCCUGCCAAAUAAAUGGCAGCACAGCCCUAACCUGUUCAUCCACAUGCAAAGUCUGCCUGGGCAACCGUGAGGGUCACGGGGUGGACUGUUUUUUGUUUUGUUUUUUCUCAAAUCUCCAAUGGACAUGUAAAAAUGUUGUAUGGUUUGGUUACAAAGGCUGUUGUGUGAGUGAACAGGAAGUAAUUGCCACAAAAACCACCUUGGGCUUGAUGGGCUCUGCUUCAUUUUUCAAACAUUGAUCACUUCCAUGUUCCCGAGUUUGCUCCCGUUAAAAUCCUUUUAAUGUCUCAGCCACAUAUUACCUCACAAAUAGAAGAGGUCAUCUAGGCAUUUGGCAAGGAAAGGGACGUCUCAGGAAUGGAGUGCAAUAUGUUUAGACUUCAUAAUGCAGAGACAGGAUAGUAAAGGGGUACUGUGUUUACCUGCUGCUCACUUUGUUCCCUCACUAGAAUGGAAGCAUUUUCCUCAUGGUGUGAUGAAUAAUAGAUCUAUAAACACUGAGCCGUUUCUAUCUCUUUUACUGUCUUGUUCUUGCAUUUUUUUUUUCUCCUUUUUCCUGUAUGUGCAGUGGUGUGACUGUUGGCUCAGCUCUACAGGGUACCAACAGCCCACAGGACCUCAGAGCGCUUCUUUGUACAAAUCUCCAAGUUCACAAGCAUCCAUACUCGGCCCAGCUCCCUCUUUAACCAAUGCCUCGCCUCCUUACUGUGUUUUAGGAUAGUGGUCGUUUUCACAGCUCAGAACCUUUCAAGCAUAUCAUUAUAAACCACAUUGAUGUGAAGUAUUGCUUUUUAAAAAAUUCCAAC